AUGGCGUCCGGGCUUUUCUUCGACCCGCUCAAGCUUCUCCGCGUUGCCCCACUUCUCACCACCACGUCGGCGCUGGUCUAUGCUUGGGAUGAGCACUGGUACCUGUCGGGCUUUCUGCGCUCAGAGCACAAGCCCGAGACUGAGACGAUUCUCCCGAGUUACUUCCGUCGCUUCUUCGAGCAGGGUAUCUUUAUCAUUGCCGGCCUCAACACCCUCACCGUCUCCACGUCAAUCGCCAAUCUGCUGACCGAUCGCCCGGUACUGGACCGUCUCCGAUCUUCGAGAUGGUACUGGGCUGGCCUGGGUUUCACUGCUUGUCACUUUUUGUUUGUGCCUCUUAUCGCUUAUCCAAUUCGUGACAUUAUGGAAAAUCGCUCCCAGGGGAAGAGCACUAAGGAUUUGAAGCGGUGGAUCGAUAUUCAUCGCAUUCGGGUUUUGGUUGCGGAUUUGCCGGCUUGGAUGAGUUUCCUGGGCGCCGUACUUUCUGCAAUUCACCUGUGA